UUUUGCGGGGAACGGAGAUGGGAAGAAGGUAAAAAUUGGCAUGGCCGACUGUAGCUAGAUGAAAAUAUACAAAUCGGAUGAAAAUAGUUAGUUUAUCUAGUGUUCAUAAAUAAAUACCCCUAUAUCUUAAUUAAACCAGUGAUGAUAGUAUGGAUGUGAUAACGUGAACUGGAAAAGGCGUAUAACUCUUGAUAGUAACAAUUGGCCAGCUUUCAAUUGUGAUAAUGUAGUAAAAACUAGUGUUAUUUUCAGAUCAGUGUAAAGUGAGUAGUUAAUAAUGUCUUUCUUCAACAAUAUUAAAAAAGUUCUGCACUUCGGCGGCAAUGACGCGAAAAAGAAAAAAGUUUAUAAUAAUGUGCGUAUGGAAUGUGAUCCAGAAGAAUUCUGGGAUAUGAUAGGGGAAUUAGGAGAUGGAGCUUAUGGAAAAGUGUACAAGGCUCAACAUAAACACACAGGACAGUUAGCAGCUGCUAAAAUGUGCAGAUUAGAUGGAGAAGAUGAUCUAUCAGAUUUCAUGAUAGAAAUUGAUAUUUUAUCUGAAAUUAAACAUCCUAAUAUAGUCGAACUUCAUGAAGCUUUUCAAAAAGAGCAACAACUGUGGUUGCUUAUUGAAUACUGUGAUGGUGGAGCAUUGGACAGUAUUAUGACUGAAUUAGAAAAACCUCUGAAUGAAGUUCAGAUAGCAUAUGUGUGCCAAAAUAUGUGCAAAGGACUGCAAUUUUUACAUAAAUCACAUGUUAUUCAUAGAGACUUGAAGGCUGGAAACGUAUUACUCACCAUGGCAGGAGGAGUUAAAUUAGCUGAUUUUGGAGUUUCUGCUAAAAAUAAAAGUACGCUUCAAAAACAUGACACAUUUAUUGGUACUCCAUACUGGAUGGCUCCGGAAGUGGUGCUGUGUGAAACUUUUCGUGAUAAUCCAUAUGAUUAUAAAGUAGAUAUAUGGUCAAUGGGUAUUACUCUGAUUGAGUUUGCCCAAAUGGAACCACCCAACCAUGAAAUGUCUCCCAUGAGGGUAUUGCUCAAGAUCCAGAAAUCUGAUCCGCCCAAAUUAGAACAGCCUUCAAAAUGGUCCAAGGAGUUCAAUGAUUUUUUAGCAAAAGCACUUAUAAAAGAUCCUCAAAAAAGGCCGUGUUGUGAUGAACUUUUAAAACACGCUUUUAUCAACUGUACAUUGGAUUCAAAACCCGUCCGUGACUUAUUAUUGGAGUACAAAGCUGAAGUUGUGGAAGAGGAACUUACAGAUGAUGAUCCAGAGGACAACCGAACAUCUCAAGUGCCUCUGGAUAUCGAAGAUGACUCUACAUCUCUAAAAAGUAAUGAAGUUGAUGGUAAAGUUCUUGAGUCCAUCUCCACAACUCCGCCACAUAUUCAAACCGAAAUAAUUGAAAAAGACAAGGAAUUCAAAAAACCUGUCUUUAUCGAAGAUGAUAAACAGACACCAAUCACGUCAGCUAUACCGACAUCACACACGGACAAAAAACAAGUUGACAAAAAAGAAGAAACACAAAGGAAGACAUCUCGUGACAAGGGUAAAGCUCCACCACCACCUCCUCUACAAACUCAACGAUCAACUAGUUCAACGUCUUCAGAUAAAGAAUCACCAUUGCCUGAAAAAGAAAAAUCUCUGGCUCCACUUCCACCACCACUUCCAGUAGCACUUUCUACACUACCCACACCUCCAUCUUCCCCUAUUACUCCUCCAGAUUCCCCGCUAGAAGCUAGUCCACUUCGUGUGCAUAACUUUCCUCCUAAUGUCCAAGAGGUUGUCAGAACUAAGGAAGAUGAACUUUCCAUACAAUUGCCAUCUUCGGAAAAGGCAUCAACUAGUACGACUUUACAAGAAGUAACAUCCAGAGAGAAAGUGAAAUCUGACGAGAUCGACAAUACUGUAAACAUAUCCAAAAUAAAACAGGCUCUAGAAAAUCAUAUAACAAAAAGACUUUCACGUGAGAAAGACGAAAAAACUACUCCUCUAGAUAAUGACAAAUUAGUUGACAUGCCAUUAGAUAAGAUUGGAGAUAUUGUUACUGUAACUAGUUCCAACACUACUACCCCUGAUGAUAGUUUACAUCUUGUAGUUGUCUCCACUCCCCAAUCUGAAAGGAACAAGAAUAUGUCUACCAUUACUAUUAAUUCUAAUUUGCCGGACACAUCGAAUAGUUUAGCUUCAAAUAUUAGCCAAGUGACGGUAGUGACGACACAUCCUCCUGUUAUAAUCGAUAAUUCUCUUCCACCGAGAGCUUCCUCCUCUUCGCCAAGCAAUAGUACCAGUGAAGUAGUAAUUGUAGCGAACGAAACUAAUAAGACUCAAAUAGAGUCAUCAGAUGACGAAUUCUGUCCAUCACUUGAUUCACUUGAAUAUCCUCCACCUACAGAAUUCCGUGACAAACCUUUGAAGGUUAAAAAGUUGGAUGAAAGUGAAGUUAUGAUAACAGAUUCGAGUUAUGUUAUUAAUGAUUCCGGGCUAGAUGUUUCUGAAGAAAAUUCGAAACUUUUGGAUACCAGUCACGUUUCGGUAGUGAAAAUAGAUGAAGAAAAAGUUCAGGUAAAGGAUUCGACAUCGUAUUUAAGUGAUAAAUCGGCGGAUUAUCGAGGUUCUACCAGUGAUUUAUCAAACACUUCAUCUGGAAAAACGGGUAGUACAAAAAGUGACUACGGAGAUGAAUAUAAGGGUACUCAUAUUAUUUUGGAUGGAUCUAACGCCGAAAUGCUUGAUUCGAAACCAAGAAUGAAUGGUCAAGUUAUUCAUUCUCAUAGCCGAGAAGAUAUUUACAAGAAAUCUCUCAAUGGCAAAAUGUAUGCAGAAAGCUUUGAGUCGGCUAUGUCUGAUAGGUCACAUAGUGAUUGUGGAUCAGUACGAAGCAAUGAUUCACACAGAAGACCUAUUUCGGGAGCCAGUAAAAGUAUUGAGCAAUCUGAUAUUGAAAGUAUUUCUUUAGCUAGUCAAGAAAGUAGAGGAAGUAAUGAAAAGGAUGAUAAACGAUACCUGUCAAAUGAUUUAGAUGAAAAUGAUGAUAAUGCAGUUGUAUUACGUAAACCUCCUAAAUCCAAGUUGGAAACGAUAGCAAUGCAAAAUCGCAAAACUAGAAAAAGGACUAGAAAAUUCAUAAUAGACGGUGUUCUCAUUACUACCACCACUAGUAAAGUUAUAUAUGGAGAUGAAGAAAACUACAAUCUCAGUGAUCCUCACAGUGAUAGAAAGCAAGAACUCAGGGAAUUGAAAUAUUUACAAAAGCAAGAACAAAAACAGUUCCAAGAUUUAGCAACAAAGGAGCAAUUAGCAAUUGAACAACAAGAUCGAAAGUUUGAACAAGAAAGACAGAAUCUUGAAAGGACUUACGAAAAUGAUCUUGAAAUGUUAAGUAAACAACAGAGAUUACAAAUAGAAAGAGCUGAAGCUCAACAGGAUGCGGAUUUACGGGCGACUUCUAAAAAAAUCCGUGCUGAGCAGGAAAGAGAUCUGAAACAAUUUAGAGAGAGUCUUAAGGCGGAAUUAAGAUUACUUAAAUAUGAAAUAGAUAUGUUACCUAAAGAAAGACGCAAAAACGAAUUUAAGGUUAGGAAAGAUAAGAUGGAUGCUGAACAUCUAGAACGAGAAAAAAGCUUUUUAGAAAAAUUGAAUGAAAAUCAUGAAUCUUCUUUGAGGAGACUUAGCGAUUCGCAUAGGGAAAAAAUAGCUCUUAUGGAGCGGCAAUUCCUUCAACAAAAACAUCAGUUAACAAGGACAAGAGAAGCUGCACUUUGGGAAUUAGAAGAAAAACACAUACAUGAGAAACAUCAACUGAUAAAAAGACAAAUUAAGGAAAUUUUCAUUCUCCAGAGGCAUCAAAUGCUAACAAGACACGAGAAGGAGAAGGAACAAAUUAAACGAAGAGCUGCCAGAAAAGAAGAGGAAUUGUUAAAAAAACAACAAAUAGAGAAAAGAUCGCUGCCAAAGAGAAUAAGAGCGGAAAUGAAAGCUAGGGAAGCCAUGUUUAGAGAAUCUAUGAGAAUAUCUAUAUCUGGAACCAGUGAUCCGGAUUUAGAAAAAAAUAGAUUUAAGGAGUUCCAAGAAAAAGAGAAAAAGCGAUAUCAGGCUGAACAGCAACGUUUUGAAUUGAAACAUCAACGUCAACUGGAAGAAUUGAGAGCUAUGAGUGAUGCAACCAUCAAGGAGCUGGAACAACUUCAAAAUGAAAAACGAAAAAUGUUACUUGAACACGAACAUCUCAAAUUGAAGCAACGAGAAGAAGCAUUUAGCAUCGAGUUGAAAGAUUGGAAAGGAAAACUAAAACCUAGAAAACAGAAACUCGAGGAAGAAUUGUACAAAGAAAUACGUUCGGCCAAAUACUCCAGUCACCUCCCUAAAAUUUCUUUCCCAGAGCCUGGCUCUUCUUCAACUGACAACGUACCUGAUAAUAGUAUUGGUACUAAAUCUAGUGUUAAUGAUGAUAAGACGGCAUCGUCAGUACCGUCAAGCCCCUUUGUGACUGAUGGUCACAGACACAGUUGGGGUCAUCAGAGGACGUGGAGCACGGGAGUUAUAUCUGAAAAGAAUUUUGCUUUUUCUCCUCCUUCUCUAAAAGACGAUUCCGCUGCUUAGUUUUGUCUGUUGAUCCUUUUCCUGUUUGGUUUGUUUUUUAAACUCUAUCUGUACUUACUAAUUAUCUAGUUUUGUUUCUUUGAAAUUAAAAUCAGAGAAAAACAAUUAUUUUUUAAAAAUCAAAUUUUUUAUUUUUAAAGAAAUAAAAUACUCAUUUGUUAAGGAAAAAUAAAAACAAGAGUAUUUCAACGGGUUUAAAUAUAAUUACCAUAUCAAAAUAGAAUCUCCAGAAAUUGAUGUUGUACAUAACUAAGAAACAGUUUAAUCACAAAUUUUACUUUGUUAUAGUUCCCUAUGGCAUAGCCUGAAUUUCUAUAUCUUGUUGGUUUUAUUCUACCAAAUGAAUUAUAUGAUUAAACAAGAUAUUUUUCUAAAACUCAAUCCAAGAAACAUAAUAACAGAAUAGAACAAGGAGGCAAUGACACAAAGGACCAAUUUAAUAAUAAUUCUUUCUGCUCCAUUGAAAUUAUUUUUUACAUUCACAAAAGUAUUAUCUAUAUAAAUUCAGAUAUUGAGUACGUCAAGUGUGAUACAUAUAGUUUGCCUUAUAUAUAUAGUUUGCGAUAUACUUUCAAUUAGUAUAAACAAUAUUAUAAGUGUUAGCAUUUUGGGGUGUUAAAUAUUAGAUCAGUGUCCGUUAAUUAAAAUUCUCACUUAUUUAUAUUGAAUUUUCUAAUUUAUGUAUUCUUUGUUUUUCUCUCAUUUUAAAAUUUCAUAGAAGUUGACAAUCUUUUGUCUAGUUAAAAAAAUGAACUAACUAGCUAAUAAAUACUUUCAUAGUUCAAGAUUUGAUUCAAGGUAUUCAGAAAAACAAACCACCGUUUCUCCGAUGUUUGUGUUGUUUUUUUUCCAGUUGUUUGUGUUCGUUUUAUUUUUUGUUUUGCUUUACUCCCUUUCACUGCUUGUUUCAGUGGACGUAUUACAUUCAGGUUUGUAUACAAGCUUUAUUUCUUCUCCUAAAUUAUUUAUAAUAUACUCUUUCUGAAAAUAACCAUUAAAUAUUAGUCAUCUGUGAUAGUUACUGAUUAUCGAAUGUUGUGGAUGAAAUUUCGGGAUAAAUCCAGAUUUUUCAGUUAUAGCAGAUGUGAGAGAUUUUAUGUCUCGUAGUAGCUUACCGAAGAGUGAUUUGUUUAAUGCAUGCAUCUAUGCUGUUCUCUAAUUUAACAAUUUUUAUUGAUUAACGCAUUUUUUCACCAAAAUUCAACAUCAUAGUUUCAAAUCGCUGUUGUACUCAAAAUCGCAAUGCAACCUUGAGCAAAGCUAAAUUAGUUGCCACUCUUUUUAUCUCCUGUAGCAGAUAUCCAGGCACAAUGUUUAUAUUUGCCAUUAGUAAUGUUAUUUUUUUGUAUAAAGUUGGUACGUAGCUAAGUAGUCAAAAAUGUAUAUGGAGUUGAGUAAAUUCUAGUGGAUACCUUACAAUAAAUAAAAAUGGAUAAUUAUAAGUUCCCACACAUCGAUAUUAACUACGAUAAUAAAUACUAAACUAAGAACACAAGUUUCAAUAAUUUAUUUUGGAAAGAGUAUAUUUUAAUAAAAUUGCCAUCCAAUAUAGCUAGUUUCUGGAACCAUUGGUGGUUAUACUGAACAUGCUUACACUUCCACUACACCAAAAAUCACAAAUACACUAUAUGACGCGCAUUUUUAUAACCAUGUUAUUUUCUUGAAGUUGAUUCGUUUUCUGAAGAAGAUAACUUACUAAAACGCACGUCAGGCAGUGUAAUUGUGUGUUGGCGAAUUGUAGUAAACAGUGUAUUCAAUAUUCAAAUAUAGUAUAAAAACUGUUAUUCAAAAUACCGUAACUUUAACAUAAAUCAUAUUGAAAUAUUGUCUUUAACGGGGACAUCUUAUAUAGUUUUUUAAUUCUACAGUACCACCAAUUAUCUAAAAAUUUAAAUUAAUAUAUGAAAUAUUUUCUUUUCAACCUUAUAAUAUAUAGUAUUGGAAAAAAUGUACGAUUUCAAUGUGAACAAUUAUUUCGAAAUCUAGAGUAAAUUUGUAUAAAAUUUUGCGAUCAUUUAUAAUAAGCUUAUUGUUCCACUCCACUUUUUGAGUACCUCGUUAGAAUCGAAAUCGAUUAUUAUCAAAAUGAGGGUGGGAAAGUAUUCGUAGAUAUUUGCUUGGAAUAUUUUGAAAUGAAAUGUUCAUCAUAUAAACAACUCAGAAAACAUUUCUCAAAGAUGAUAUACAUCCAACAAUUUUGUUAAAUUCUGGGAAAUAAGAUCAAAACUGAGAAUUUUGAGAUUCCGCCGAUAUGAUAUUGCUCUUGGGAUUUUUUUUAAUUAGAUUGAAAUGAGUUUAUAGAGAAAUUCCUACGUUUUAUUAACAUAAAAAAAUUUAUGGAUACUAAAUUGUGUUUAGUACAAAAAAUAUCAACCUUAAUGCUAUUAACAUUAAGGUUGAAAGUCCAAGCACCUAAAUACAAUGUAGAUAAAAUAGAUUUUUAUUCUUUUUUUUAUUUUCAUUUCCAAAUUUCAGAAAUUGGAGGAAGCAUUUGCUCAACAACUAGAAGAACAAGAAAGAAUUUAUGGUCCAGUUACUCCACUAGUUCUGCCUACGGACUUGCCAGAUUUUAACUCUGGUUCAAAAAGAAGCAGUUUUUCAUCGGAUGGAUAAUUUUUUAUUUUUAUAAAUAGUUGUCCGUUAUGAAUUGGAUAAAUAGUAAAAAAGUGCCUGCUUAUUAUAACUUAGGAAAAAGAAAGUGGUAAAAUAUACUUUUUAUGUUUUGAGAUGUACAUCCAUACUGUUAACACUAUAAGUAUGCUUUGAGCAACAUACUAUAGUAUUCAUUUCAAAUAUAUAAAUAAAUAUAUGUACCUCCUUCUUGCAUACCUGUUCCAUAUACAAAAUAUUAGUUGAAGAUGUAAAUAUUCUUUUUUGCAGACUGAGUAUUUUAAACGAUUUAAACUCCAUGAAGUGGAUAUUGGAAGGAUUGUAAUUUUAUUUGUACAGUAAACCCACAGAGUUCAAAUACCCUUUAUAUUACCAUAAUUUGGAAAAACGUAAUGUUUAUUAAUUUUUUCUAAUUAAUCUAAAAUAUAUCAUUAAUUUACUAGAUUUACGCUUUGAUUGUGAUUUAAUAUUCAUACAAAGUGUGGAAGUUUUUUCUUGCAAUAAUACUUAUUUAUAACAGUGAUGAUUUACUAUAAUAUUUAUAACACCAUACUUUAAUAUUAAAUGUUGUUAACCCGAA